AUGUCUUCACCCCCCUUGAUGAUGCUUCUGCUCAUCAAUGGAUUCUCUCCUUCGGAAUUGGCAACCUCCCUUGGCAAACUCAAGGCCGAAACCAAAAACAUUGGAACCCACAAUCAACGCGAACUCUAUUGGAAGGCCUAUGGUGAAAUUCAAAAGGAUCUCAACAAGUACAGUGAUAGGAGUCGUGGGAGUGAUGGAAAGCUAUAUGGACUAGUCAAACACUUUCGAAGCAUGGAAAGGGACAAUGGUGGUGGUCGUGGUGGUGGUGGUGGUCGUGGUGGUGGUCGUGGUGAUAGUACUAGUAGCGAACCCAGAACGGAAUUUGAAGAAUUCACCAAACGUCAAUUGGCCUUGGUACAAACUCCUAGGGUAUUCAUGGGACGGCACAUUAAAUUAUUGGUGGAUGACGAAGGGGAAGCAGGAUCUGGAAAGGAAUUCUUCAUGCCAUGGUUUGGGGAAGAUGCCGAAAAUGCCUACCAGGAUAUCACGGAAGGAGAAGAAACCAUUAGCAUCGAUUCGGAUCGCGGCGUCUUUGUCUCGACUCGGAUCAAGCGCAAACAUUGUGCGGGACCUCCCUCCAAGGACCAGAUAAAGUCGAUGGAAGCACUCGAACAGUACAUUGCCGACUUGAAAGCAGAUGCACCCUUGCAAUCCAUUUCUUGGAACGGCCACAGUCCACCCAAGGUCAAAACCUACAAUGUCAUUCUCACGGGAACUUGGCAAAAUACCAUUACCCAUCACUUGCCACCUACGAUUGCACAUACGACUACAACCUCCAUGCACGAAGUGUAUGACUUGUUUGAAAAACGCCGCAACGACGAACACAUUCAAGAGGCAGAACAAUUGAUCAGUCAAAUGCUGACGGAAAUUGCCAAGAACGAGACGACUACCAGCGUCCAUACCGGCAGCAUGAAGGAUUUGGCCUGCGCCCGGCGGAAUGCCCUCUUGAAAAAGGUUUAUAUUUCUUCCGAGCGGACCAAAUUUAUCGAAACGGCCAAGGCCGAUGGUGGCUUUGAGACUGUGGUGAUUCAGCCGCGGCAGGGCAGCGAUGUUGGGGCCUUUGAACAAUAUGGUAGCGUGGUAUUUGAGACCUUUUACAAACUGGAUCUCAGUAUAUACGGAUAA